CAGCCUCCUCAGCUCCCGCGUCAGCUCGGCCACCACGCUGGCCGGGCCGCCGGGGAGCUCGCGCGGCCCGGCCGCGGGCGGGCCGCCGUCCGCGCGGGGCCGCCCGGGCGGCGGCGGCCUCAGCAGCCGGAGCGCAGGGGCCACCAGGAGCGCGGAGGGGAGCGGCACGCAGCUCGACGCCGUGCGCGCCGCGCAGACGCGGUCGGUCUGCGGCGCCCCGGACGCCGGGGGCUGCCUCUUCGCGGUGCCGCUGGACGCCCUGGUGGGCGCGGUCGACGGGGGCGGCCUGGUCGUGGCAGACGUCCUCACCGGCCAGGCGUUCCGGGCCUCCGUCUCGCGCAGCCCCGCCGGAGGCCGGAAGGUCCAGCUGUUCGCGGGCGAGGACGCCGCCGCCCCGUGCUGCAGCGCCGAGCCGUCGCUCCUGGGCCCGCACGCCGCGCCCGGGAGCUUCGAGCUCUACGACGCGGGCGGCCAGCGCUGCGGCAUCGUGUCCCCGCACGGCGAGGCGGCGCGCGUGCCCUGGCUGCUUGCUGCCACGGAGCUGCGAGGGGCAGGAGGCCUUCGCCUCCUUCCUCCAGGAGGGGUCCUUUGCCGUGCUCGCCGAGGGACAGCCGCAGCUCGUCAUCGACGGCAGUGGGUCGGACUGGACCCUGCGCAUAUCCUCGCGUGACGUUCGCAGCACCGCAACGGUCUCGCGCAUACAGGAGCCCAGGGCCAGAGCGAGUCGAGAUCCACGUGCUGCCCGGCCUCGACCCGGUGCUCAUCCUGGUCUGCACCCUCGCGAUCUUGCUCCUCCCCGGCGAGGGCUCCCAGG